AUGCCCGAUCACUCGUCCAAUCAGUCUUCCAAAAGAAGAAAGGGAGGCGGCAAUUGGCAAAAACCUGCCAAAGGGGGGAUCAUCGAAAGCGGUGAUUGUGGUGUGUUCGUAACGUGUGACAAGGGCAAAGAAGGGAAAUGCAUCCCCGAGGCCGUGGAUCUGUUCACCCAGAGCGUCGAGCAGUCCGACAUUGGCGAGAAGGAUGCCGACUCCGCCGAGGAUGAUGAUGAAGAUAUCGAAGCCCAAAUUAGAAGAGAAGUCGAAGGCCUAAAACCCAGCUCAUCCACGCCCCGUCAAUUUCGCACCUUUCGCAUGGAAUUCCCCUGUGUGUUCUUCGUGAAGUUUGAUAAGUCCAUUGAUCCGGAGAAACUAGUGCACCAGCUUUGCGUGGAUGCGCAUAACAACCCCGACCAGAAGCGCAGUCGGUAUAUCCAACGCCUGUCGCCGAUCAGGUCGAUACGCAAGACUCUCAGCGUUGAUCUGGAGGCAUUUGCUGCGGAGAUACUCAAACCCCACUUUCACUCCGGCGGUCCUCCUAAAAAGUUUGCGAUUCGACCCGUGGUGAGGGGCAACUCGAAAUUCAACCGGGAUGUUCUCAUCAAAACCAUUGCUCAGGUAGUGGGACCGGGCCAUUCCGUUGAUCUCAAAAAUUACGACGUUCUUAUUCUCGUCGAAGUGGUUCAGAAUUUGAUUGGAAUGAGCGUUAUGGGGGCUGACUACGACAAAUUGAAGAGAUAUAAUUUGGCCGAGCUGUACAAACCGUCUGCGAAGCCUGAAGCGUCCGAGCCUAAGGAAGAAUAA